AUGGUUAAAACAAUAAAUAGAAAUAACGAUGAUGAUGAUGAUGAUGAUGAAAAAGAUGAGUAUUUUUGUUUCGUAGGUGAUUGUAGAGAGAGACUAGGGUACCCAAUACCAGUGGGAUAUUUUGGGAAUUGCUUAACAUUAUGUUUUGUAGCUGUUAGGAAAAAGGAUUUGAAAGGAGAAUAUGGUUUUAUGAAUGGUGUCAAAUCCAUUCAAAAUGCAAUAACAGAGAUUAAAAAUAAUCCAUUGAAAGAUGCAGAAGAAUGGGAUGCUAUGUUUAAAAAGGUUUUUAUGUCUGGAAAUCAUUUUGGAGACAAAGAUAGUGGACUUGAAGUUGGGUUGAUAUUUAAAAUAGAGGAAUUGAAACAUUUAUAUUCUUUCAUUGAACAAGGGCUCGAAGCUUUCAAAUUCUAA